AUGUACAUGAAUGGUCUGAUAGGUAUCUUGACGCUGGCAGUGUCAAGAAUCGAAGCGAUAAGGGUGUACUGGAAUACAAAUACGGGCCCAAUUCAGCCGCCCACCAGUACCCCCGUACCGGUGCCUAAACCGCCGUUCCGAGAACCAGCGCCGGUGUGGGAGAAUCAAUCGGGUGAUGUACCAAAUCCAAAUCCCUAUAUAUACAUCCUUCCGCCACCCUCUCGGCCAAAAUACAAUGACAUUACUCAGGAGCAACGCAAACAAAACCGAGACGUCAUUACGGCCCCUACGGUUGAAAUAAUACCCGUCUCCAGCUCCACUCUGGCACCAACUGGUAAGAUCAUCGACAAGCCAGAUUCCGCACGGCAGGUGCCGGUGUCGAAUGGUAGCCAGCCGCAGAACCGAAGCUAUUCGGCCACAUCAACCACGACUGCUCAACCAGUCAGCAGCACCGCAACAGCACCGCUUCCGCAGCGUGUUCCUAGUUUAGCUGUUCAGUAUGUGCCCAACCAGGGCUUCAAGUACUACGCCGUUGUGCCGGGUCACAACGAGGAACCGAGCGGCAAGAGUGCCUACCUUAAGUCGAACGAUGCUCAGCUUGGCAAGUACGAUCGGUUCGACAAACCGAACGGAAGGUACAAUGCCAAGCUGAAGAAAUACAAGGCGUUCGAGAAGGUGAAAUAUGCACCCUACUAUGUGUUGUUUGAUGCACAAAAGCAGCAGUACAUAUUGACGAGCGUUCAGCAGAAGGCGGUAAACAAUCAUCUGUAGAUGAGCAAAAAUCCGUGGCACAGUAGAGGAGCAUUUAGCAAAGAACCGGAAAGAUUGUUGGAAACCCACGCGUUACAUGAAAAAAAAGAACUAACCGACUGAAGAAUCGUUAAAAAUGCAUUUCAAAACCAAUAAUCUGUUAACUGUGCUUAGCCAUUCACUUUUGCUGUGAUUAUAAAAGUUUCCAUUGGGUCCCGGAAAACAUUAAAGUAAACCUUCUUCUAUUCAGUUUAGUUGUUUUCGAAAUAUUCAGAAGCUCAACAAUUUGUCAACGUGGUCAAACUGUGAAGUGAUUAAUCAAAUUGAAAUGAAACAUU